AGAAGCGAGGGGCGGAGACACAAGAUGGCGGGCAUGGUACUGGCGGCGACGCGCUUGCUGCGGGGCUCGGGUUCUUGGGGUCACUCCCGUUUGAGGUUUGGACCCCCUGCAUGCAGGCAGUUCAGUAGCGGUGGUGCCUAUCCCAACAUCCCCCUGUCUUCUCCCCUACCCGGCGUACCCAAGCCUGUGUUUGCUACAGUCGAUGGACAGGAAAAAUUCGAAACCAAAAUUACCACACUGGAUAACGGGCUUCGUGUGGCAUCCCAAAAUAAGUUUGGGCAAUUUUGUACCGUGGGAAUACUUAUUAAUUCAGGAUCGAGAUAUGAAGCAAAGUAUCACAGUGGAAUUGCUCACUUUUUGGAAAAAUUGGCAUUUUCGUCUACUGCUCGAUUUGGCAACAAAGAUGAAAUUCUGCUCACCUUGGAAAAGCACGGGGGCAUCUGUGACUGCCAGACGUCCAGGGACACCACCAUGUACGCAGUGUCUGCUGACGCCAAGGGCUUGGACACUGUGGUGGGCUUGCUGGCGGACGUGGUCUUACAGCCCCAGCUGACAGAUGAGGAGCUGGAGAUGACGCGAAUGGCUGUGCAAUUUGAGCUGGAGGACCUCAACAUGAGACCAGACCCGGAGCCGCUGCUCACCGAGAUGAUCCACGAGGCUGCUUACCGGGAAAACACGGUGGGCCUCCACCGCUUCUGUCCCCCAGAAAACAUAGCGAAGAUCGACCGGGCAGCCCUCCAUGCCUACCUGCGGAACUACUACACACCUGACCGCAUGGUGCUGGCCGGGGUGGGCGUCGAGCACGAACGCUUGGUUGAGUGUGCCCGCCGGCACCUUCUGGGCCUCUGCCCGGCCUGGGGCAGUAAGGGGGCUGUGGACGUGGACAGGUCGGUGGCACAAUACACCGGAGGCAUUGUCAAGCUGGAACGAGACAUGUCCAACGCCAGCCUGGGCCCUACUCCCAUCCCGGAGCUCACGCACGUCAUGGUGGGCCUGGAGAGCUGCUCCUUUCUGGAGGAAGACUUCAUCCCGUUUGCCGUGCUGAACAUGAUGAUGGGCGGGGGCGGCUCCUUCUCGGCUGGCGGGCCCGGGAAGGGCAUGUUCACCAGGCUCUACCUCAAUGUGCUCAACAGACACCACUGGAUGUACAAUGCCACGUCCUACCACCAUAGCUAUGAGGACACAGGCCUGCUGUGCAUCCAUGCCAGUGCGGACCCUCGGCAGGUUCGAGAGAUGGUGGAGAUCAUCACAAAGGAAUUCAUUUUAAUGGGCGGAGCUGUGGACAGGGUGGAGCUGGAGCGCGCCAAGACGCAGCUGUCAUCCAUGCUCAUGAUGAAUCUGGAGUCCCGGCCCGUGAUCUUCGAGGAUGUCGGGAGGCAGGUGUUGGCCACGCGAUCCAGAAAGUUGCCCCAUGAGCUAUGUGCCCUCAUCAAUAACGUGACGUCAGAGGACAUCAAGAGAGUGGCCUCUAAGAUGCUCCGCGGGAAGCCUGCAGUGGCUGCACUAGGUGACCUGAGUGACCUGCCCACAUAUGAGCAUAUUCAGGCGGCCCUGUCCAGCCGUGACGGACGUCUGCCCAGGACAUACAGGCUCUUCCGAUAG